AUGAAGGGCUUGCCCUGCCCCUGCCCUGCCCGGCCGCAUUUCCGGCUGCUGGGGUCUUGCUUCAUGGCUGAGGGCUCGGGGACGCGGGCCCCGGGGAAAGAGCCCCCGCUCAGCAUCCAGGUCCUGCGAGCCCAGUACGCGGGCUUGCGAAGGCAGCAGACGGCCCAGGCCCACCUGGUGGUGCUCCCGAAAGGAGGGUACACGCCUGUUCCUGCUGAGUCCAUGGUCAGUCCUGUUUGGAUUAACAAGGAGAGAAGGCAUUCACUGUCCCUGGAGGAGGCAGAUCCUGAGGCAGAGGGGAUGCUGGAGGAGGCUGACAGAGGCUGUCUUCGGGCCCCUGAGUCUCCAUGGCACACGCACCUAGAGAUGUACCGCUGCAUCCAAACCUUCCACCAGGAAACCAGUCUUCCAGUAAAACACAAGGAUAAGCUCAUGGGGUCUGAGCAAAGGCUCCCUCAGGAAGGAGACCCAGGCUUGUUUGGAAACAAUCAGAUGACUCAGCAAGGGACGACCAUCCUACAAACAGCCCAGCGUGAAUGUCUGGUGGGCAAUGCCGAAAUAAAGCCAGUGGGAUCUGGCUUAAAUAAGGACAUUCAGCCUCCUCCUUCCAAAAAGAACUCACACUGGUCUGGAAAACCAGCUCACUAUCCAUUUCCCCAGAGGAAAACUCCCAGGAUCUCUCAAACUGCCAGGAACCUGGGCUUGUAUGGCCCAGCCUGAAGUCUUCUACUCAGCCAAAUAUCUGUUGAAACCAUCGAUGGCCUCAUCAAAGAACCCAGGAGGCAGAGCCAUGACUCGGGCCUCUAGCUAUGAGCAAGAACGGGACUGACUCAGUUGUAGGGAUUUUGAACUUCAUGGUGGACACAUGGUCUUGUCCUUCAAAAAAGAAGACAUUGCCUAGGCCAGAUCUCACACAGUCUAGGAUGAAAGAGUGCUGUCCGAUCAAUGUGGCCCUACUGUGUUUGUAUAUAAAGACAUGACUAUGGAGCCCUAGAUGCCCAUUCCUUGGAGAGGUCCAGUAGGACAUUUCCGUCCCUAGAAAUGGGAAGUUUGAAGCAUAACACCGGCACCCUAGCCAAAGGAAUGCCUUAGCAGGGCCCUGGAGCCAAUGGGUGUGGGCAGUCUUGUUUUCAAUAUCUUCUGAUGAUUUCUCACAUGAUCUGGAGAAGAUGAGCUCUGAGCAUUGCCUUUUUCUGGUUACAGUGUCUGGAGACCAGCUCACUGAGAAGUCACUACAUUCAUUGGUAGUGACCAUACCAUUUCAACUGAGGCUCCCAAAGUAUG